GUCAAUUACGAACGAUCCAUUAUGAAUUACUCCCCAGACACUAUCAUUAAUUGUUUAUCAUUUGAGAUCUGGCAGAUUUUAAGAAUUCUUGUGGAAAUAUCAUAUCCUCCUGAGAGGAGUAAAUGGGAGAGGGAUCUUCGCAUUUAUGGUUAUAAAUAGAAGAUGAUUAUGCCAGGUAUAGUGUUGUUUGGGAUAUAUCUAAGAGUACUUCAAAUUACAUAGUUGGAAUUGUUCUUUUUGAAUAAGUGUAUCGUUGGGAUUUUGUGAACAUGGUGAAUUAUUUUGCCAGUGCAAUUGUUCUUCUUGGGGUUAUUUACGUAUCCCGACCAGAAAGCGUGAAUCUGCCUGAUUUGGACCCACAAGAUGCUCAGCAAAUAAUUGAACAACAAGACACUAGCCUCAACUAUGCACCCAAAGUGGAAUCUAACGUCCCUGCUGUAAGAUAUCUAGGAAACGAACCACAUAAUGUUGUGGAGGACAUCUACUUGGCCAAUCAGUAUCAUGGACAAGAUGGCUUGGGUGGAUAUCUUUAUGGUUACUCGGUGCCAGAUAUAGCAAAAACCGAAAAAAAGAAAGCUGGUGGUGACCUCAGAGGAGCCUACAAUUACAUAGCAGGAAAUGGCCAGGAAAUAAAGGUGGAAUACUGGGACGAUGGAACAGGUUUUCAUCAAAUAGACAAUGUUCCAAAAAAUCUCCCAGAAGAUCUUCCCGCAGUGAAGGCUGAAAAAGAGCGAUUUCUGAAGAGAUGGCAGGAGGAAGCUGAAAGAAAUUCACGCCCUGUUGAGGACCCUUACAACAGCGAAGGGCAAUACAAAGAAGGACCUCUUUCAGUUCAAGGACAAUUACAGCGCCAACAACAGUUUGCUGCCCAGUUCGGAAAGUCUGCUGUUUAUAAGCAACCAGUAGGAGCAGCCUCUCAACAAAGUGCAAUCUACCAUUCCAACUUGGAACCUUAUAGUGCCAAUUAUCAACCUUACCAAGGAAGAAAUCAACAAAACAUAGGAGCCUACCAGUCGAAGCAGUACAGUUCUCACAUGAAAGGACCCCAUGCAGACACAGGUUAUGGUCAGAGUCAAACUAGCGGUGGGUACGGCUCAUCAGGAAGUGGUGGCUAUGGAAGUCAAUCUUCUGGAGGAUACGGACAAGCUCAGUCUGCCUAUGGAAACCAGGGCAAAGGACAAGGGAGCGUAGGCUAUAGUAGUAGUUCAGGAUAUGGAGGACAAUCAUCCGGAAGUACAUAUGGAUAUGCAGCACAAAAACCUGCCGGUGGCCAAUCUGCAUAUGGCGGACAAAGUUCAGGAGGAUACAGCGGUCAGUCAUCUGGAGGCGCGGCAUAUGGGGGACAAAGUAAUUCUGGAUAUGGCGCAAAACCAGCCGUUGGUGCUUCAUCAGGUUAUGGGGGACACAGUUCAGGAUAUGGCAAUCAGCCUUCGACUGGAACUUCGGCAUAUGGAGGACAAAGUACUUCUGCAUACGGUGCAAAACCUGCUGGUGGUACGUCAGGCUAUGGAGGACAAAGUUCAGGAUAUGGUGGACAAAGUUCAGCAUAUGGAGGUCAGCCCUCGACUGGAACAUCUGCAUAUGGUGCGAAACCUGCUAGUGGUGGGUCAGGCUAUGGUGGACAAAGUUCAGGAUAUGGAGGUCAGCCUUCGACUGGAACGUCCGCAUAUGGUGCAAAACCUGCUAGUGGUGGGUCAGGCUAUGGUGGACAAAGUUCAGGAUAUGGAGGCCAGUCUUCGAGUGGUACGUCCGCGUAUGGAGGGCAAAGUACUUCUGCUUAUGGUGCAAAACCUGUUGGAGGUGGAUCAGGCUAUGGCGGACAAAGUUCUGGAGCAUAUGGUGGUCAAUCUGGUUACGGACAGGCUUCUGGAGGCUAUUCAGCGCAGCCUAGUCAGAAUGUCAAUAAAUACGCAGCACUUCAAGCUGCACCAUACGGUCAAGCGAGUGAUACUCACAGUAAAUAUAUCUCCAGCCAAGGGCAAGAAGAUGACGGUUCCUAUAAGCCAGAAAAAGAUGAAGAGCAAGGCCCUCCUAGAGGUUUCUUUUACAAAUUCGAUUAUCCUGUUGGUAUUAUUGUUUCGAAACAAGGACCAGCUCAGGGAGGCUACGGCCAAGGAGGUUAUCAAGCUCAGGAGAAAAAGCAUGGGUCGUAUUGAAAACUACAUGAUUUUUUUUGAGAAAUUUUAUAAGAAAAAUAAAUAAAUAAUUUAAUUUAUAAAAA